AUGAGCGCAUACAAAGUGAAAGGCAGAGACAGAGACAGAGACAGAGACAGACAGAGAUUAGGCGGAAAUAUGGAUAGCUUUAUUUUCCUUUCAUUCUUAAAUAGACAAUCUAUCAAAAAAGGAUUCUUAUUUCAAAAACCGUCAUACUUUGAGGGAUUUUUUCAAGCAGCCUAUGAGAUGAAUAUUAUACAUUUGUUGUAUGUGUUUUACCCUGAGAUGCUAUAUGCAAAAGGUAGUGCUACUGUCUUUUACUGUGAGGUAGGACUUUGUGUUGUGUCGGCAAAGAAAUAUCCAGAAAAUCGGCGUCAAACCCGUCCCAGUGGAAUGCGGGAUUUUCCCGGGAGAAGAAGAAGCAGAAAGGGAAAAAGACACAAGAUACAAUUGCGUAUCAAUGACAUUCAUUCACUCACUCAUUAUUACCUGAGUUAA